AUGGUAUGCUUACUCCGAGGUCUCCGAAAGGUCGUUCGCGACCUUUUUGAACAACUUUCCUACGCUUUGGAAUCAACCACAAUGGAGAAAAACGUAUAUGUCUGUCGUGACUGUGAUCCUCGUGAAGACGAAGUCUUGGGUCGUGAGAUCGAGGUCAAAAGUCGGGUCACAUACGUACCAUCUGUGUCCAAGCGAAGACGGGGACUAUGGGUUAAAAGAGUUCAAAUAAUCAGACCAUGGAUCAAGAGAUCAGGUGUUCAUCAUUUUUGGACUGUAGUCAGUGUCUGUUAUGGGCCCGUUAGCAACGGAAAAGAAGAACGUUCUCCGGGUACUACCGAUGAAACUACCCUCUCAUCGCAAAAUUUUACGCUUUGCUCUCGUACCGAUCAGUGUCAACAUCCAUACACUGCUCGUAUGAUCGAUGCGGAGGACGUCCGAUGGCGAGCGAAUUUCAUGCCGAGUCUAUCUGAACCGAACUCUAAUACAGCUAAGAAGUUGACCUUGCCAGCUAGUUCUCCUAAAGUUUAUGCUUUUGAUAUCAGUAGCGAUGAGGUUAUAAGGCACCGUUUGUUCAUUUUGAUGAACUGUCCGGAGGUUUACGAUAUGAUGGAGAUACCGCGAGAGUAUAUGCAGGUAUCUUGGAAUGCAAGGGCAAAAAUUCACAUCGAGCCAUAUGCAGUGCAGGUUACCCAUGAUUGA